AAGGUCUUGUUUGGGCACUCAUUUUAAGUGGAGACACAAACGCAGACCAAGAAAGAGAGAUUUCACAGAGAGCAGUGAGCGAAAAAGUACGAAAUUGCAGGUUUCGUAUCUCUUGUCGGUGAGGUUUUAAUUUAUAAGCCAAGGAAGAAAGGGUUUUGAGAGGUUUUUCUUUUGGCUGUGAAAAGAGGUGGUUUUGUAAGAGAACAAAGGGUUUCAGUUUGCUUUUUCUCCUCUCUUUUUCUUUCUUCAGUGAACUUGUUUCUAGUGAAUUAUCAAGGAAUUCGAUUCCGCGCAGAAUUGCUAUGGAAUCUGAUUUUAGUUCUUCACUGGACAUGGAUGAUGAGUAUGAGAAGUUUAUUAGAAGGAUGAAUCCACCCAUGGUUGUAAUUGACAACGAAACCUGCAAAAAUGCAACUGUUAUUCAGGUGGAUAGUGCAAACAAACAUGGAAUACUUCUUGAAGUUGUACAAGUUCUUACUGAUUUGAAUCUCAUUAUAACCAAAGCUUACAUCUCUUCGGAUGGAGGAUGGUUCAUGGAUGUAUUUAAUGUGACUGAUCAGAAGAGAAACAAGAUUCUAGAUGAAGGGAUUAUCAAUUAUAUUCAUAAGUCUCUUGGUGCAGAUUCCUGCUGUACACCUUCCCUAAGAAGAUCUGUGGGUGUGCAACCAUCGGAAAAUCAUACUUCAAUUGAGUUAACUGGGACUGAUCGACCUGGACUUCUAUCUGAAGUGAGUGCAGUUCUCACUGACCUUAAAUGCAAUGUGGUGAAUGCUGAAGUAUGGACUCAUAAUACCAGGGCGGCAGCUGUGAUGCACGUAACCUAUGAGUCAACAGGGUCUCCUAUUAGUGAUCCUGAAAGGCUGUCUAUGAUUAAGAAGCUUUUAUGUAAUGUACUUAAGGGUAAUAAUAAAACUAGAGGAGCCAAGAGCGUAGUUUCUGUUGGGGACACUCACACUGAAAGAAGGCUUCACCAGAUGAUGUUUGAUGACAGGGACUAUGAACGAUCUGUUGAUGACCUGUUGGAUGAGAAUCUUAGACCUAAUGUUACCGUUGUCAAUUGGUAUGAUAAAGACUAUUCAGUGGUCACUAUAAAGUGCAAAGAUAGACCAAAGUUACUAUUUGAUACAGUUUGUACCCUGACUGAUAUGCAGUAUGUGGUUUAUCAUGGAACUGUUGAUGCUGAAGGGCCAGAAGCUUAUCAGGAAUUCUAUAUCAGGCAUGUAGAUGGUUCUCCUGUAAAUUCAGAUGCUGAGAGAGAACGAUUGAUCCAAUGUCUUGAAGCAGCAAUAGAGAGAAGAGUAUCUGAGGGUUUAAAGCUAGAGUUAUGUACAAGUGACCGAGUCGGGCUGUUAACAGAUGUUACUCGCAUCUUCCGUGAAAAUAGCCUGUCUGUUACUAGGGCAGAAGUAACAACAACAGGAGGAAAAGCCGUCAACACAUUUUACGUACGUGAUGCAGCCGGAAACCCUGUCGACGCCAAGACCAUUGAUUCCAUCAGGCAGGCAAUUGGCCUAACUGUCCUCCAGGUUAAAGAAACCUCUGAGAAUCCCAAGUCUCUUCCUCAAGAAUCCCCAACCAGGUUCCUAUUUGGUGGUCUGUUCAGGUCAAAGUCUCUUUACAAUUUCAGUUUAAUUAAGCCCUACUCAUAAAGGUCGCGAAAUUACUAAACUAUUAGGAUGACCUUUUAGAGUGCUCAGACCGUCAUGCCACCUUGUAGAUACCCUUCUGUACUGACUUCAGUCCAGAUUAGAGAUAGUUAGUGAAGACGUGAACCUCCGUUAAAUUACGAAUACAGCACAGUCAGUCUGCCUGAGUUCAGAGUGAAAGUAAAUGAAGAUCGUGUAUAUACUUCUCCCAUAUCCGCUCCCAUGUUCUGUUGCUUCCCAUACCGAGGGAUCUAAACCCGAAACGACCAGGAAGGAAUAGAGUACUACUGAUAAAUUAUCACCAGUUUGCUACUUAAGAAAGACUUGCAUGCUCUCCAAGCAAUGUAUAUAUGGUACCAAAUGGUUUCCACUUUGUUAAUAGCUUCAUCUAUAAAUCUUUGUACGUAUUGAAAAUCCAUCCAUUGUAUAAAGUCAUUCUCUCUUUCUCCUCUAAUUUUGAUUUUGCUUA